AUGCUGCUGCUGGCAGCGCUUGUGGCCACAGCCGCUUGGUCUUGUGGAUUUGCACAAAAUGUUCCCAUGCAGAGCCCUCUCUCAGUCACCAAGCCUAAAGGAAGUGUUCGCCUGCGAUGUCACUUUAAAGACGUCUCUGUAAAUUUUGAUAGCACUGCCAUACACUGGUAUCAACAGAAGGUGAAUAAAGCUCCGGUGAGGAUGCUCUACUUCUCAGGGUCAAUAUCAGUAGAUGACGGCUUCCGAGCAAACAGGUAUAGGAUUGAAAAGGAUUCUAGCCAGAAACUGUGUACUCUCACAAUAAACGAUAUAACUCCAGACGACACUGCUACCUACUACUGCGCCUACCCCUACUGGGAUACACGUGUAUACAGUGAAUAUUACAAAGUCUUCGGAACUGGCACAAAGCUCAUUGUUUCUGACAAAGGACAUAUUCCACCGGCAAGCUCUGAAAUCCUGCAGAAGGAACAUGAAAAUAUGAUAACGUAUGUUUGCCUUAUUGAGAAAUUCUACCCAGAUGUUAUUCGGGUGACAUGGACCGAUGAAGAAAGUAAGGAGGUAACAGACAACGUAGUAAAAGGAGACACUUGGAGUCCCAAGAACGACGAUAGAUACUCAGUCAGCAGCUGGUUAACUGUGCCAGUGGAGAACAAAGACAAGAACUAUAACUGCAAAUAUGAGCAUGAAAGCCAACAGCAUUCACUGCCGACACAAGAUUAUACAAAGACUGCUCCUCCGGAAGAGGACUGCAGCGCAAAUCGUGGAAACAGCACAGUUUUUAAUAGAGAUCACUUAAUGCACAGGACAGCAUAUUUAGUGUACAUCGUCCUUCUUCUGAAGAGCACCAUGUACUACCUGAUUGUACUCUUCUUCAUCUACCGAAUGUGGGCUCCAACCAAGCACCAAGGAAAGACAGCAUAA